AAAAAGUGUGCUCAAUGUACUUGUGAAGAAAUGUGAAAGAAAUUCUUGUUAGUUCCGUGUUCAUUUUCUUACCAAAAAGUGCAUGAAUAAAGUUAUUUAUGAAAAUAAAAACUAAGUGAAAAACGCCCAAAAUUUUACAACCUAAGUAUAAAAUAAAAAAACUUGUAGUUGUACAUUAAAAAAGUGUUUAAUUAAAGUGCGGAUUGAUUGUUAAGGAAACAGCCAGCUUGAAUCGAUUUUUAGCAGAAAAAUAUUGGUUAAUAACAACAACAAAUAUUAAAGUGACAGAAAUUAAAAAUAGGUCAUUUUAAUCAAGGCAUAAAUAAAUUGCAUACAUACAUAGUGGUUGAAAUCAAUUUGUCAUAAAUUUGAAACUGAAUUGUAUGACUAAAACGAAUCUCUACGUACUAGAGUAAUUUAAAAAUAAAAACAACAUUUACAAAUAUAACAUCAUCAACAUCAUCAUAUUCAAAUUGAAAUUGAAAUAUUGCAUUUCAAUUGAAAAAACAAACAAACAAAUUAAAAACAAAAACUUUAACAAUUUAAAGGAAUUUGCAGAUCUUUUAAAGUUCUUAUUUUUUAUUCUACAUUUCGUUGUUAUAUUAUUAUUUAAAACAUCCUAAUCUAACGCUGCAAUGGCAUCAUCCUCCAUACUCGCCAACAAUCCAAUUACGACACAUACAACACCAACGUUAAUAAACGGAUCUAAUUCUGCUGCUGCACCAACAACAACAACAAUAUCAACACGCAAAAGAACAUACGAAACAGCUUUAACCUCAUCAUCGUCGUCUACUAACACAAACUUGUCACAGUCGCCAAAUCUUGAAAUUGCCAAAGAACAAUCUAUGUUGCCUCCUGCGUCACCAGCUGCUGUAACCGAUGAAUUGAUGUCGAUUAAAGUGGAUGAAUCUCUGGGUACAUCCACCACUAAAGAUUAUACACGCACAAUUUCACAAAGUGAACCUGAUGAUGGCGAGGGAGCUGCUGCUAUUUUGGCCAUCGAAACAGCUGCUACUACUAGUCCUGUCAAAAAGAAAUAUGCUCCACCAAAGACAGCGGUAUCAAGCAUUAGCAGUGGCAGUUCCGAUAUAAUGACAAUUUGCAAACCAGCACCAUUUUCCACCGAUGAAGAAGCUGUAUGUGAACGUGAUCGCUGUGAUUAUAACUAUAAGAUAACGUAUCAAAUGGCCCGUAGCGGUCAAUCAUCAAGAAGAGUACGUGUUUAUGCAGAUGGUAUCUAUGAUUUAUUCCAUCAAGGUCAUGCCAGACAAUUAAUGCAGGCUAAAAAUAUUUUCCCUAAUGUUUACUUGAUUGUGGGUAUUUGCAAUGAUGAGCUCACCCAUGAAAUGAAGGGCCGUACAGUAAUGAAUGAUUUUGAACGUUAUGAAGGCGUACGUCAUUGUCGUUAUGUUGAUGAGAUUAUUGCAGAUGCUCCCUGGACUUUGACUGAUGAUUUUAUUACUUCCAACAAAAUAGAUUUUGUUGCCCACGAUGACAUUCCAUAUACUGGCGAUGGAGUUGAUGAUAUUUAUGGUUGGUUAAAGGCUAAAGGCAUGUUUGUUGCAACUGAACGUACUGAAGGCGUCUCUACCUCAGAUAUUGUUGCUCGCAUUGUAAAAGAUUACGAUUUGUAUGUACGUCGUAAUUUGGCUCGUGGUUAUUCGGCCAAAGAUUUGAAUGUUUCAUUUCUUUCCGAAAAGAAAUUCCGUUUGCAAAACAAAAUGGACGAACUUAAGGAUCGUGGUCGUCGUGAAUUGACUAAAGUCAAGGGCGAUAUUAUAACGAAAUGGGAAGAAAAAUCACGUGAAUUUAUUGACGCUUUCCUGUUACUUUUCGGACGUGAACGUCUUCAUCAUUUGUGGAACGAAUCAAAGGGAAAACUGAUACAGGCCCUGAGCCCACCCGGUAGUCCAAGUGGUUCAGUAAACGGUGAUUACAUCGACUUUGACGAUGAUGAAGAUGACGAGGCUCUCGAUGAUGAUGGCGUAGCAUCAAGGGGAUCAAGUGAUAAUGGUCCUGAUGUUAACAUUCAUAUGGAACAUUCGCCGCGUGGUAGACGUACUUAUCAUCGACGUGUGGUCGAUAGUCCCACAACGUUACGCAGAAAUGAUCAGUAUUCACCGGACGAAGACGACGAUGACGAUGUAGAAUUUGAGCGCAGAAGUAAUUAAAUUUAAACAUGAUUACCAUUAUAUGGCUGCUCUUAAAUAGUAACACGUAUAAUUAUUGUAUUGUAUCGGGUAUAACAAACAAACUUGUGUAUAAAAUCCAAAAGAAGUUGUUAUAUUAAUGGUAAACAAGAUGAAAACAAAACAAACAAAGAAACAAACCAUUUUUUGAAUUAAGAUAGUAUAAAAAAUUCAAAAUCUAUUUGAAAUAUUUAAAUUUAAUAACAUACGCCUUUUUUAAGAACUAACUCCUCAUCGUCGUUAUUUAUUUAGGAAAUGAACAUAUUCACACAAACACACACUACUUACUCCUCAUACAACUUAAUUAAAUUAUUCUAUUCUAUUCCUUUUGAAUUGAAAAUAUUGAAUGUGAAUGAUGGAUAUUAUGAAUGUACGUAUGUAUGGUAUGUAUGAAAUACUAAUUAGAAGACAUUAGAAGAAGCAAUUGCAAAAACGUAUUAAUUUUCUUUCAUACCUACAACAAAUUGAAUUAAUUUUAUUAAUUUCAAAAACAAAGGGUACCACCACCUACCACCUCCAAACUAUAAAUGCUCUUAAAAUGUACGUUUUUUAGCUUCUAAUUUUGUCAAUUUUUGUAUUUAUUAAUGAAUUUUUUUAUUUUUAUUAGCAAAUGCAUUAUUUGUUUUUUUUUUUUUUGUAAAUCUUUAUUUUCUGCUCCCUUUUUUUAGUCUUACUCUAUUAUAUCUAAAUACAUAUUUUUAAUUUAUUAUUAUUUUGUCCUUUAUUUAUAAUUUAAUUAUAAUUUACUUAUACACAAUUUUACUGAUUUCAUGUUGCUCUUAAACUAUUUUUUGUUUAAAUUGUUUCCUAUAUAAAAUUAGUUUUUUUUUAAAUGAUCGUUUUAUUUAAAUAUAAGAAACAUACUACUAGCCAUGCUGUAAUAGAGCUAUAUUAGAAGUUGCUAUUUAUUAAGUAAAUUAUAUUAAAAUUUAUGUAUAACAGAACACAAGCAUGGCUACGAUUGUGUAAAUAGUUUUAAUAAAAUCAAUGAAUGUAUUGCAAUCUCAUUAUUAUGAGAAUUUUUAAUUACAAACAAAUUCCUUUUGAAUCAUUAAAAACCAAAAAAAAAAAAACAAAAAAGAACAUGAAUAUUUUGUAAUAUAUUUUGGACUUGCUUUAAAAUUAAAUAAAAAAAAGACAAAUUCUUAUACAAAUUUAAUUUAAUUUGAAAUGAAA